AUGGUGACAAAGAAAUUCUAGAUGAGUUUGAAUUUUCAAUAUUUUUUCUUUAACAAAAUUGUCUUUGUCUAUGCUGAUAAAAAAAGAAAAGAUAUUUUCCAAUUUCUUUUAUCUGUUAUUCCCCAUUUCCCUUUUCUGCUUCUUCUCUUCUUUCUGAGAAGUCACAUGAAACAACAAUCUUUUUGACCAUGUGCUAAUUCCUGCGAAUACAAGUACACAAGAAACCAUUUGUGUUUCAUUUCAUUCGAUUCUUUUGUUUUACAUUUGUACAUAAUUUGAGACACUUCAGAUUCCAUUUCUUGGUUCUUUGUUUUCCUCAGAAUAUAAACUCUUACUUGGAUUCAACGCUUUCUUGUUUUCUCAGUUCAUAGUAUUUGUGCUGAUUUUGAUUGAGAACGUUCGAAGUUGAUUACAAAAUGGUUUCGGUUGAUAAUAAUGGUAAAGAUGUAAUUGAGGAAUGUAACAAUAAUGGAAGUAAAGUGACAGAGUUUACUUCCAUAGAUAUUUCAAGUUCUCGAAGAACGUUGGUGACUGGUGAAAAUCCUGGUAGAAAGUUCCCGGGUACGUUGAGUUCUGUUCCUAAUAGGAUCAAUUUCUUGAAAUUUGGUUCUGCGUCUGCUAAGUUCAGGCGGCUUGCUACUCAGAUGGAUCAGGCUUCACAAUCUGUGCCUUCUCCAAGUUCACGUAGUUUAAGAGAACGGUUUAGUGGCAUGUUUACUAAGAAACUCGACUGGGAUUCGAUUAAGAAGAUGGCGAUAGAAUGGAUUAGGAACCCAAUGAACAUGGCCCUUUUUGCGUGGAUCUUAGUUGUUGCCAUUUCCGGUGCAAUCCUUUUCCUUGUCAUGACUGGCAUGUUGAAUGCUGCGAUUCCGAAGAAAGAGACAAGGAAUGCAUGGUUUGAAGUAAACAAUCAAAUACUCAACGCGCUGUUUACGCUGAUGUGUUUGUAUCAGCAUCCGAAGAGAUUCUACCACCUUGUACUUCUGUGUAGAUGGAGUCCAACAGAUAUCAUCAAACUUAGAAAGGAGUAUUGCAAAAAUGGAACUUAUAAGCCUCAUGAAUGGACACACAUGAUGGUAGUGGUAAUUCUCGGUCAUGUGAACUGUUUCGCUCAAUAUGCACUUUGCGGUCUAAACAUAGGGUAUAAAAGAUCUCAGCGCCCAGCCAUCGGAGUUGGAAUAUGUAUAUCUUUUGCAAUCGGUGCACCUGCAAUUGCUGGUCUAUAUACCAUUCUUAGUCCACUAGGUAAAGAUUAUGAUUCUGGAUCGGACGAAGAAUCACAGGUUCAAAUUUCUGCUGCUCAAAAGCGAGAGCAAAUGAAAGUGAUGUCAUUUGAGAGGAAAUAUUCAUUUGCAUCAAAAGAUCAACGAAGGACUGUCGUAAGUAGACCACAGUGGAGUGGAGGAAUACUUGACAUUUGGGAUGAUAUCUCUCAUGCAUAUCUAUCACUUUUCUGUACUUUUUGUGUCUUCGGUUGGAAUAUGGAGAGACUUGGCUUUGGAAACAUGUAUGUUCACAUUGCCACUUUUAUGCUGUUCUGUAUGGCUCCAUUUUGGAUUUUCAUCUUAGCUGCUGUUAAUAUCGAGGAUGACACCGUUAGGCAAGCUUUAGUAGGUGCUGGAAUCGUUCUAUGUUUUUUCGGUAUGCUCUAUGGUGGAUUUUGGAGAAUCCAAAUGAGAAAGAGGUACAAUUUGCCUACUUAUGACUUCUGUUGCGGCAAGCCUACAGUUUCUGAUUGCGCACUUUGGCUAUGUUGUUGUUGGUGCUCUCUUGCUCAAGAAGUACGGACGGGGGAUGCCUAUCAUAUUGUAGAUGAUAAAUUCUUCAGCAAAGAAAUGAACACUGUUGACCAACCACCGAUUUCACCUUUGCAUCGCGAAGGGGUUGCAUCAAAUAAAUCUGGCACAAGUUCCCCUCUUGGGGUCAAUUCUUCUCCUUCUAAAUUCAAGCCGUCGAGUCCUCUAAGUUCUAGCAGUUUCUUUACAAAUAGUUCAGAUGGUCCACUGCCUAGUGUAAAAGAAGGGGUAUCUGAAAAAGAUAGAGAUGUAACAAUGAAUCCACCAACUCCACCAUUGAUACAAAGAGAAUCUCCUUAGUCCCUGAAGAUAAAACCACGAAAAUCCUGUCAGCCUGCUCAUACACGUUUAUAUCAACCUGUGUAUUUGAGAAGGCAUGUUUUAGCUGACGAUUAUCAGCUCCAUCAUGUAAUUGAUUUAGUAAAUGCAUGUGUCAGACCAAAGUACUUUCUUUCUUGAUUGAGGCUUUCUUUCUUAAAAUGAUUGUGAAGAGCAUUGUACAGUACAUUCUUAACCGUGCGUUCCUUCUUGUAAAAGUACAAUUUCGACUGGAUAUAACGCCAGGUUUUGUUUCCAACUUGUCUAUAUUGGAUGAAAUGCUUGUACAGCUUUCCUGGUUCUAUCCAAGAAACAAGCUGAUUAGUUUGUAAGAAUGAUAAUGCAUGAAUUUGUUGAUUUUCCUUGUGUA